AAAUGAAUUAAAAAGAAAAUAUUUCAAACACCCUUUAGGUUUUUGACAGCUGUCAAAUUUACAACAAAAGCUGGAUGCUAUGAAAUCUCAUAAAUAAAGCAAGCUGCACCGGAAUUUGAAAGAUUUAAACGAGAGGCAGAAAACGACGCUAUUAAACAGCAGAUAUUAUUGUAUAUUAAUAUUUAAGUCAUCAGGAAUAUAUAAAUUUUUAUAAUGACUGAACAGAAUGUUUUUGAAAAAUGCCGAAAUUUUCAUUUGUUAGAAAAACAUAGAAUGGAUAGUUUUAAACAAUGGCCUUUUGACGAGGAAGCUCCAUGCAGUGUAUCAAAAAUGGCAGAAGCUGGUUUUUAUUGGAGUGGUAGCAGCAGCGAUCCUGAUACUGUCACUUGUUUUUUAUGUACUAAAUCACUAGAUGGUUGGGAGCCUACAGAUGACCCUUGGAAAGAACAUGCAAAACAUGCGCCACAAUGUUUAUUUGUGCAGUAUGGACGUAAAGAAAGCGAUUUAUUGUUGGAGGAAUUUUUAAAAAUUUACAAAACUGUGCUAAAAAACAAAUUUACCGCUGAUAUAAAUGGCUUCAAAAAAAGUUUUAGUAGUGCAGCUGCGGAUGAACUAAGUAAUUAUAUAGAAAAUAAGAAAUAAGUUACUUUUGUUUAAUAAACAAAUAUGAUUAAUUGAUAUUGUACUUGUUGGGUUAUAAGGUAAUAAAAUUGAUUUUGAUUUAA